GCACCUCACUCCGUCAGUCCCGCUACACUCACACCAAAGACCAGCCCGGUAGACGUCCCUCAGCGAAGAAAGAAGCGAAUCCAUGGCUUUCGUCCCGGAGGCACCUGCAGCGAGGAAGCUCCUGCUACGGAGCGGCGGAGCCAUGACGCGGUCCCUGCGCGACGCCGGCCUCGGCUUCGACCUCGACGGUGCCGGGCGCUUUCUCGCCCCCCUGUGGCAGCUCAUCAAGCAGAAGGCCACCGAGCUCGCGGCCUUCCUCGCCGGCCUCCUCGCCGCGCUCGCCAAGAAGGCCGACGAGCUCUUCCCGCCGGAGACCCGCUCGGAGACGCUCGCGCAGUGGGUGCGCAUCGGUGUCACCGUUGUGCUCCCGGCCGCGCUCGGCGCCCUUGUGCUGUUCUGGCUCGCCCGGUGCUGCUGCAGCUGCUGCUGCGGCCGCCGCCGCGGCGGGCGAACGAUGGUAGCUCCCGGCCGCCACGGCGCGCGCAUGCCGCGCAACGCGUUCGAGGAUGAUCCCCGGACGUACUUCCGCGACCUCCGUGCAAAGAAGCCCCUCGUAUACUAGUGACUCGUCUUCGGUAUGUUCCACCUCACGUGUGUACAUGCGUACUUGUAUUGGUGUAUCUUUGUAUUUGUGUCCGUACGGUUUCGUGCCAUUGUGUGGUCAUUAGGUGACGUGUAUUGUGUGUUAUUAAGAAUGUUCUCAUGGUUCGCUAAAUAUAAAUUCGGAAGUUGCCUGUGUUAAUUUUCU